CUCGGGGUCGCCCGGAGGAUGCCCUUCAUCUCGAAGGACUGGCGUAGCCCGGGCGAGGAAUGGGUCAAGACCGUUGGCGGGUGGGAGAAGAAGAAGAUCCUCGAGUGCGCUAACGGGAGGACGCUCUCGCUUUUGCUGCGCAGCGAAAAGGAUGGAGACAAGAAGGAAAAGGAGAAGGAAAAGAAGAAAGAGAGCGCGGUCCAACCGCAUUGUCACAUCACGCUCAAGUGCACUCGAGAGAUCGCCGGCUUCAACGGGCUGAGCGACGCCCUGAAGAGGCUGGACUUCCUAUCGGCCGUCCACGAUUGUCGACGCUUCAACUACAUUGUGCGCCUCCUGGACCUUCUGGUCAGCCACUGGAUGGGAGGAUUGAGCGGAUGCGCUCAGCGUGUCCUCUUUAACAUGCUCGAGGAGGUCGCGUUAGAGGUGUCUUUGUCGCAACAGCAAACGGGAAGACUGCGAAGACUGAUCGAGCGGGUUCGGGCGUUCAGCUCUGGAUGCUGCUGGGGUGGCAGGCCUCUGGGCUCGGUCAUCCUCUGGGAGAAACAUAAAGCCGCCCUGGAGAGAAUCCUGCAAAUAGCGUCGUCCAUCACGAUCACUCAGCCGGACGAGCAGCAGCAUCCUCAAUGGUCCGACCUGCCCGCCGAGUGUCGCCGAGAGGUCCUUCUGCGAUUGAGCGAUCCUCGGGAUAUAGAGAGUGCCUCGAAGGCCUGCGAACAUCUCGCGAUUCUGGCCCAGGAGCAACGAAUCUGGAGGGAAUUGGCGCGGUACCAUUUCACGACCCAGCAGAUCGCCACGACUCGGCAGAAGAACCCGGGGAAGGACUGGAAGACUAUCUUCACGCUCGCUCGGAGGUCCUUCGGUUUGCGUGAAGAGUACGCGGAGAUGAUCCAGCUCUGUCGCAACUGCCGAUGCUUAUUCUGGCGAUCCUUGGGCCAUCCUUGCAUCGCUGACCAGGACCCAGCGUUCCAGGAGAAGCUGGCCGACGUGGACCGGGCUUCCUUGCAUGUUCCGAUUCCUCCGCAAGCCUUCCUCGAGUUCUUCUCGUUGUAGACAGGCCGCCUAAGUCCAGGCACGUUAUCGGCAAUGUCCGCGACUCAAAACCGGGUUCCUUGUCGGUGGGUCGAGCCGCGUUUCUUCCGCAUCGCGGAAACAACUGGCGAGCGUCGAAUUUUUUUUUUUUUUAGCAGAAUCGAGCUCCCAUUUGGAUACUUUCCGAGCAUUCGUCGAAACGCGGGAUAUACUCCAUUUAUUAUCUGCUGAUUUGUAGUUGUGUAUAUUUGUGAUGAUACUUUUUGGUGCUUCGGUAGCUCCGUGGAAUCAUUGAUCCGACAUCGGUUUAUUUUUUUUUUUCUCUCUUUUCUACGAUCCGAGUAAAUACGCUCGAAAACGAUUUAUCUUGUAGUCGGCACGAUCCGGACGAAAUCGGAGACUGUGCUCUCGAUCGCGCGACGUUUUAUUCGAGGACGCUUUCAGAGGAAUCGAGAUGUCACGUUUGAUAUUACGGCGAUUUGAUCUUUCCCGAAAGAGGCGGUAUCGAGGAGGGACGACACGUUGGCGAGGGAAUUUGCGAUUUUUGCGUAUUUUUGCGGAACCGCCUCGUCGUGUCAUAUCAAAAUGUUUAAAGAGUUCAUCGUAGGUUCCGAGAGAAAAUUAUUAGCUGGAGAUGCGUUCGAUUUUAUGGCGUAGUCUUUGGGAAAUUGUCGAAUGCCCUAGGCACUGCAGCGUCUCCGGAGCGAGU